AUGUCUGGUCAAAGACCGAAACUUCUUACGUUUGACGCGUUUGCCAAAACGGUGGAAGAUGCCAGAAUCAGAACCACUUCCGGGGGUAUCAUUACGCUUUUCUGCAUUUUCGUUGUAAUGUUUCUCAUUAGAAACGAAUACAGCGACUAUACCUCGGUGAUUACGAGACCGGAAUUGGUCGUAGACAGAGAUAUCAACAAGCCGUUGGACAUCUACCUCGAUGUGUCGUUCCACAACUUACCGUGCGACUUGUUAUCGUUGGAUAUCAUGGACGAAGCAGGCGACUUACAGUUGGAUAUCUUGAAGUCAGGAUUUGAAAAGUUUAGGAUUGUCAAAGACAGCGAGGAAGAGAUUAUUGACAGGGAAUCAACGCCAAUUAACGCCGAUUUGCUGAUAGAGGAAAUGGCUAAAGGCUUGAAAGAGGGCGAAGAUGGCGAAUGUGGCUCAUGUUACGGUGCCUUGCCCCAGGACAAAAAGCAAUACUGUUGUAAUGACUGUGAAACAGUCAAGCUUGCCUACGCUGAAAAGUUGUGGGGUUUCUAUGACGGUGAGAACAUUGAACAGUGUGAAAACGAAGGCUAUGUCCAGAGAGUUCAAAGUAGAAUCAACGGCAAAGAGGGCUGUAGAAUCAAAGGUAAUGCCAGAAUCAACAGAAUCUCUGGAACUAUGGACUUUGCUCCGGGAGCUUCGUUCACCAGUUCUGGUCAUCAUGUCCACGAUCUUUCCCUCUACGAUAAGCACCCUCACCUUAAUUUUGACCAUAUUGUAAAUAAGUUGACGUUUGGCCCUAUUCCUGAUGAGCUGGUUCCUACAGCUGAAUCAACUCAUCCAUUGGAUAACUACGGUGUGGCACUCAACGACAAGAAUCACGUCUUCACCUACUACUUGAAGGUGGUAGCUACACGAUUCGAGUUCUUGAACGGUGCCAGUAAGGCUUUGGAUGCUAACCAGUUCUCCGUCAUCACCCACGAUAGACCUAUCAGCGGUGGUAAAGACAACGACCAUCAACAUACCUUGCAUGCUAAAGGAGGCAUACCGGGUGUUGUUUUCCACUUUGAUAUUUCACCAUUAAAAAUCAUUAACCGCGAACAGUACGCCAAGAGUUGGUCUGGAUUCGUUCUUGGAGUCGUCAGUUCAGUAGCUGGUGUUCUCAUUGUUGGUUCUCUUUUGGACCGAUCCGUGUAUGCGGCCGAGAGUGCCAUCAAGGGGAAGAAGAACAUGUAAUGUCUUAUAGAUGUAUAAUAGCUAGAAAUGUAUUAGAAGAAUUUAGUACUAUGCAUGAAACAAUAAUCC